GUUCUGUGCAGAAAAUAUGCUUUCCACAUCACAGACGCAAAUAGCUUGUGUGAGGUGAGAAGCGCCACAUUCAACAUAUGCUCGAUAGACGGAAAUAUGUUAACUCAGCUGUCUGAGAUGCUGUUUAAAAAAUGCGACUUGAUGUCUACAGUUAUAUUCUGGUCUUGUCGAGGAGGGGUGGUGAGAGGACUUCCACAGUAUCUUCAUUCAGCCAGUGUGGAGGCCCUAAGUCACCAAAACCCCAAGAGAGCCACAGGAAGAGAACACUGUCCACAUUCAACACCCACAGUGGCAGGUGGCAGUCAUCGAUGUGUGGUUUCCGUAUCAUAGAGCACGAAAGACGGCGCUUGUCAAAUGUUUGCUGAAGGUAAGUUCACGCGGAGCUCCAGUUGACAGCAGAUGAGGAAGUCAAGCACUGUCCGAGACCGAGUUCCUCUUUCAACAAGUAAUAACAGGAAGCAAUAUUGUGACAGAAAUUAAUCAGGAUUAACUGAUUAAAUGUUCCGGUUUUUGGAAGGAUAACACCAAAUCUGUAAGGAUUAAACACACCAUCAUUUUCUAAGAUAACAUUGGCGUUGAAGUCACUUUAGGACCCUCAUCUGACUGGAUUAUACACUUCGUCUAUCUAAUGUUUCCACCACUGAGCUUCAGCACGAGAUGGUGUGCUGGGAAUUUGGCUGUUUGACAGAGACUCGACAGAAAUGUCGAAGUCAGGUGGACAGGGGAUGUGCAACAGCGCACUUCCCCGGUUCCUGAUUGGAAGUGAGGGUGGUGAAAGCAGAGAGCUGGAUGACAAAGACAUGAGGAACAUCUCAGGACAUUACGGAGAGGAGGAGGAUGAGGAUCAGUCAGAGCGUCAGAUUGUGGUUGGGAUCUGCGCCAUGAUGAAGAAAUCAAAAUCCAAACCAAUGACUGAGAUUCUGGAGAGGCUCUGUAAGUUUGAGUACAUCACUGUGGUCAUUUUUCCAGAGGAGGUUAUACUGAAUGAACCGGUGGACAAGUGGCCGUUGUGUGACUGCCUCAUUUCCUUCCAUUCCAAAGGAUUUCCUCUUGACAAAGCAGUAAGUUAUGCCAAACUAAGAAACCCUCUCCUUAUCAACGACCUCAAUAUGCAGUAUUUCAUUCAAGACAGGAGGGAAGUGUACAGGAUUCUACGGGAAGAGGGCAUUGACCUUCCACGCUAUGCAGUGUUGAACCGGGACCCCGACAGACCAGAAGAAUGUAACCUGGUGGAGAGCGAGGACCAUGUGGAAGUGAACGGAGAAGUGUUUCACAAACCGUUUGUGGAGAAACCCGUCUGCGCAGAGGACCACAAUGUCUAUAUCUAUUACCCAACCUCAGCUGGUGGCGGCAGCCAGCGUCUCUUUAGAAAGAUCGGCAGUCGAAGCAGUGUGUAUUCUCCUGAAAGUACUGUUCGUAAGACUGGAUCUUACAUCUACGAGGAGUUCAUGCCCACAGAUGGCACCGAUGUCAAGGUUUACACAGUAGGACCUGAUUAUGCUCAUGCUGAGGCCCGUAAGUCCCCUGCUCUGGAUGGGAAAGUGGAGAGAGACAGUGAGGGGAAGGAGAUCCGCUAUCCUGUGAUGCUCACUGCAAUGGAGAAGCUUGUGGCCAGAAAAGUGUGUCUUGCAUUUAAACAAACAGUUUGUGGUUUUGACCUCCUCCGAGCAAAUGGUCACUCGUUCGUUUGUGACGUUAAUGGCUUCAGCUUUGUAAAGAACUCCAUGAAGUACUAUGAUGAUUGUGCCAAAGUCCUUGGAAACAUGGUGAUGCGAGAGCUGGCUCCUCAGCUCCACAUUCCCUGGUCAAUCCCCAUGGAAGCAGAGGACAUCCCUAUUGUCCCGACUACCUCAGGAACCAUGAUGGAGCUCCGUUGUGUUAUUGCUGUAAUUCGCCAUGGCGACCGUACGCCCAAACAGAAGAUGAAGAUGGAGGUCAGGAACGCCCUGUUUUUUGAAUUGUUUGAGAAAUAUGGUGGCUAUAAGUCUGGAAAACUCAAGCUGAAGAAACCAAAACAGCUCCAGGAAGUGCUGGAUAUUGCUCGUCAGCUGUUGGCAGAACUGGUCCUACAUAAUGAUUGUGAGAUUGAAGAGAAGAAAUCCAAACUAGAGCAACUGAAGACGGUUCUGGAGAUGGAAUCCAGCCUGAAUGAUAAUCAGUACGGCCAUUUCUCAGGGAUCAACAGGAAGGUGCAGCUGACUUACCUGCCCAAUGGGCAGCCCAAAGCAUCCAGUGAGGAGGAAGACGCUCUGAAGCAGGAUCCAUCUCUACUACUGGUGCUGAAGUGGGGUGGUGAGCUGACGCCAGCGGGUAGAGUUCAGGCUGAGGAGCUUGGACGAGCCUUUCGUUGCAUGUACCCUGGAGGACAAGGCGACUAUGCCGGCUUCCCUGGUUGUGGCCUACUCCGUUUGCACAGCACAUACCGCCAUGACCUCAAAAUUUACGCAUCCGAUGAGGGUCGUGUGCAGAUGACUGCGGCGGCGUUUGCAAAGGGCCUGUUAGCACUGGAAGGAGAGUUGACUCCAAUCCUCGUUCAGAUGGUGAAGAGUGCCAACAUGAAUGGACUGCUAGACAGCGACAGCGACUCGCUCACUGACUGCCAACAGAGAGUCAAAGCUCGAUUACAUGAGAUCAUGCAGAAGAGCAAAGACUUCAGUGAGGAUGACUACAACAAGUUGGCUCCAACAGGCAGCCCAUCUCUGGUGAACUCUAUGGGGGUAAUUGUCAAUCCAGUCAGGAUUUGUGAUCGUGUUCACACCCUAAUUAAAAGCCUUACUUGUCAGAUCUGUAAAAGGCUGGAAGACCCCAAAUCUGCAGAUCUGCAGCUAUACCACAGCGAGACUCUGGAGCUCAUGUUGCAGCGCUGGUCUAAACUGGAGCGUGACUUCCGCAUGAAAAACGGCCGCUAUGACAUCAGUAAGAUCCCAGACAUCUAUGACUGUGUGAAAUACGACACCCAACACAAUUCUUCUCUGGGUCUGGAGGACACGCUGGAGCUUUUCCGUCUGUCCAGAGCACUUGCGGACAUCAUCAUCCCCCAGGAGUAUGGAAUCACUAAAGCGGAGAAGCUUGAUAUCGCCAGUGCCUACUGCCUGCCUCUGGUCAAGAAGAUUCAGCUGGAUCUUCAGAGGACACAUGAGGAUGAGGCAGUUAACAAACUGCAUCCACUGUACUCCCGGGGCGUGAUGUCUCCGGGUCGGCAUGUUCGAACCCGGCUUUAUUUUACUAGCGAAAGUCACGUACACUCCCUACUUAACAUCUUCCGUUACGGAGGCCUGUUAGACGAGGAAAAAGAUGAACAGUGGAAGCAGGCUAUGGACUACCUCAGUGCUGUAACCGAGCUCAACUAUAUGACACAGAUUGUUAUUAUGCUGUAUGAGGACAAUAACAAGGACCCCUCCUCAGAGGAGCGUUUUCAUGUGGAGUUGCACUUUAGUCCAGGAGUGAAGGGGUGCAAGGAUGAGGAUAAUGCACCAAUGGGUUUUGGCUUCCGGCCCGCCUCGUCCGAGAACCACGAGAAGCAGACAGACCCAGGCAGUCUGGAGGACCUUUCUCAAGAUGAGCCUGACAGAGCCGUACUGACUGAGCCAAUCAACAUUCAGAGGAAGUCCCCGCUCAUACGCACCCGAAAGGCUGGAUCUAUGGAGGCUCUUUCAGAGAGCAGCACUUCUUCUCGAGGACUGGCGUAUCGUAUCUUCCCGUCGACUUCUCGUCAGUCACCUGAGAUCAAACCCAGCGGGCUAGGUGCCCAGUGUGCGGGCCUCUUCAGUGCCUCCUUCCCCAACUUGAGAGACCUAGCACGAGAUCCCCGCAAAAAGCCCUCCUCGCUCAAGAGUCGGCCUUCUAAAGCCGAGCUGCUCUCUAUGCCGGCAGUAAAGAGAUUUUCUGUGUCAUAUGCCAGGCAUCCGACUAACGGGUUUGAAGGUUGCUCCUUGGUGCCGUCCAUCUAUCCACUGGAGACACUGCACAACUCGCUGUCCCUCAAGCAGGUAGAUGAGUUCCUCACAACGUUGUGCAAGAACGGGAGUGAGACCCAAUUCAAGAGGCUCAAAUCCCUGUCUGCCAUGUUUGAGACACACUCCCAGCCAUCCAUUGAUGUUGAUAAUCAGGAGACGCCGAUAUCAACCCCAGUCCGGAACCAACCAACUGCACAGUCUCUCUGGAAUGCCAGCAGCCCUCCCAGUACCGUAUCCAGUGCCGGUCCUUCGUCUCCAUCUGUAGCAGAGCCCUCAUCCAACUUCAGAUUCAACAGCGAGUAGACAUCUUAAAGACAUUUUUGCUCUUAAAUCAAUUUUACAGUAUCUGUUUAAAGAAUUGAGGUUAAGAUUGAUACGGUCCUAGUAUCGACUUGGAAGCUGCUAAUAUUAUACAAUCUGCACUUCUGCCUAAACAAUACAGAGCCUCUUUGGCUGAGAUUCAGCUGAUAGUUUGAUCUGUCAGCAAAUACAGCUCUGAAACCAGUAAUUAGCUCUUCCGCUGUACUUCUGAGCUCCGGUGGAGUAAGAUGGUAAUUAUGAUCCCAGAAUCAGUGGCAGAGAGACAGAGACAUCACAGACAAUAGUAAUUGUCUGUGCAUCUUCCUUUGUCACCCUAAAGAGUAAUGCAACUCGAAUACUCAAAGAAGCACAUAGACCAAUAAGACCACCAAAAAAAAAAAAUCAUUCAGAUCCAGUUGCCUAAUUUUAAUUUUACCACUAUUUUUUUUCAGUUUGUGUAUAUUAGAAUUAUUUUAUGAUUUUUUUUUUUUUAGAUGUUUGAUUUCUUUUUUGAUCACAUGAUUUCUUUUUAGAUUUAAAUGAAAAUGCUGUAUUUUUAUUGUUAUAUGAAAUGCAAAAUGUAUUGUUUGAGAAUGAUUGAUUAAAGCAAUAGUGCACUCCAAAAUGAAUAUUCGGUUAUAAUUUACUCACCCUCAUGUUGUUCCAAACUCGUAUGGGUUUAUUUUUAUCUGUUAAACACACAAGAUAUUUUGGAGAAUGUGGGUAACCACACAGCUGACUGUUAGUUCACCCCAAAAUGAAAAUUCUGUCUUUAAUUAUUCACUCUCAUGCUGUUCCAUGCCCGUUAGACUUUCGUUUAUUUUCAGAACACAAAUUAAGAUAUUUUUGUUGAAAUCUGAGAGAUUUCUGACCCUGCAUAGACAGCAACUCAACUGACACAUUCAAGGCUCAAAACAUCAUUAAAAUAGUCCAUGUGACAUUAGUGGUUCAACCUUUGUUAAAUAAUGUUAUUUUUGUUUUCUUUAAGCACAUAACAUAUUCUUGUAGCUUUGUAAAAGUAUGUUUGAACCCAUUUUAACAAUGUCUUUACAAACUUUUUGAGCCUUGAACAUGUCAGUUGCAUGUUUAUGCAGGGUCAAAAAGCUCUCAGAUUUCAAUAAAAACAUCUUCAUUUUUGAUCCGAAGUUGAACGAAGGUCUUACAGGUUUGGAACAACACAAGGGUGAGAAAUUAAUGACAGAAUUUUCAUUUUUGGUUGAACUAUCCCUUUGAAUAGUAUUUUUUUUUUCCAAACUAUGGAAGCGAAUGGCUGCCGUCAAAUGUUUGGUUACCCACAUUCUUCCAAAUAUUUAAUUGUGUGUUCAACGAAUGAAACUCAUACAGGUUUGGAACAACUUGAAACUGAGUAAACAGAAUUUGUAUUUUUUGGGUGACCUAUCGACUUAAAGGAUCAGUUCACUUCCAGAACAAGAAUUUACAGAUAUUGUUCUCAACCCCUUGUCAUCCAAAAUGUUCAUGUCUUUCUUUCAAGAGUAAAGAAAUUAUGUUUUUUGAGGAAAACAUUUAGGAUUUUUCUCCAUGUACUGGACUUUGAUUUUGAACAUCCAAAAUGCAGUUUAAAUGCAGCUUUAAAGGGCUCUAAGCUGACGAGGAAGGGUCUUAACUAGUGAAACGAUUGGUUAUUUUCCAAAAAAAAUAAUUUAUAUACCUUUUAACCUCAAACGCUCAAAAAACUCCAAUCUCAUUUUCUCCUCUAACUUUAAAAGCAUCCUACGUCGCUGCAGAAGUACCGACCCAUUGUUUACAAAGUUAACAUGCAAAGAUCAAACACCCUUUACCAAAAAAAAAAAAAGAGGUAAAA